GAGUGCCAUGUCUCCAAUAAGUGGUAUGUGGUCAUAAGGAAAGGAAGGAAGGAUUUAAUUGCAUGUCAGGUGUUAUAAUUUAUAUAUCUUAACCUAAAACAUCGAAAAACUUAACUGAACAAUAAUCCACUUUAAUAUCAAAAUGGAAUCUAAGGCAGUGCCCAAAGAAGUCUUAGUAGAUUUUCAAGAAAAGUACAUGAAAGUACGAAAAUUAUUAGAUGAAUAUAGUAAACAGGAUCCUGAAAGUGAGCCCUAUAAAAGUAAAUAUUCUGCAAUGGAGAUUUUAAAGGAGAUGCGCACGAAAAUAGUACAUAUUCUCGAUAAAAAUCUGACUAAAGAACAAGAACAUACUAUCACUACAAUGCUUGCAAUUUUGUGGUUAAAUUUGGGAAUUGUAUCAGUUGAUACUGAAGAUCUUGCUAGCGGUGAAGAACAACUUACUAACUGCAUUGAUCUCUUAAAUGAAUGGGAGCUACAACCAGAAUGUAUUUUACCUAUUCUUAGUGCACUGAAUCAAUUAGGAAUUCUGUGGUCUCAACGAGAUCAACCUACAAAGUCUAAAGUCUUUUUGGAACGAGCUGAAGGCAUUUAUAAGGAUUACAUUGCACAGAAAAAUUUUCACCACCCAAUUAAUAUGGCAAAAUUAUUUAAUGCCACGGAAGAGGAGGAACCAGAUGCAAUGGAGAUUUUGGAGAAGCUUCAUACUUUAACUCUCUAUUAUCUUGCACAAAUAUAUGGUGCUUUGAAAGAUCAUCUAAAAUCAGCAGUUUAUUGCCACAUGACAUUACGAAGGCAACUUAAUGACAAGGAUUUAGAUCAAGUGGAAUGGGCUUUGAAUGCUGCAACAUUAUCGCAAUUUUUCAUGGAAAAAGGAGGAUUUUGCCAAGCCAGAUAUCAUUUGGCAGCAGCAUCCUAUAUUCUAUCAAAAUACGAAGAACAAUUAAAAAGUUUACAAGAAGAAUUUCCCAAUGAUGACAAUAUGGCUGCCAAAUGGGAAAAUUUUAGGCACAGGAAUGCAGAUGUCUCUCGCUGUUGGGCAAAAUAUGGCAUACUACUCUUAAGUGCAUCAAGAGAACGAUUAAUGCAACAAUCUGAAAAUUAUGAUAAUAGACCUUAUAAAACCACUCCAAGUGUAGAAUUAGAUCCCCAAUCUGAAAUAACUGCAAAGUGUUUGGAAAGUCUUAAGUUUAUAUCAAUAGAAAAAGAAAUCACGUUUCUUGCUAAUCAGGUAACAGACAAAUAUUUGUUAGACUUCAAUGAUGCAAGAGCAGUGUUUCUUAAUUCUCAGAAAUGGUUAGAAAAAGCAAAAACCUAUUACAAUUUGGAAUCUCAUGCAUCUGAUUAUGUACAGAUUGAGCAAGAUGCUUCACAAGCUUAUAGAUACUUGUCAUUCUUUGAAGAAGAUGAAAAUCGACAAGCUAAAAUGCAUAAACGCAGAAUAGUUAUACUUGAGAAUGUGCUGUCUGAAUUAAAUCAUCGAUACUAUCAAGCUGUAUGCAGACAAAUUUGGAUGGAAUUGGGUGAAACAUACUCUGAUAUUUUAGACAUCAAACUGGAUCGUUUUCAUACAUCCAAAGAAAGUCCAACACCCCAUGCCCUCUCCAAGAUCAAUAAUCUAGCAAAGAAUGCAAUCAAAAAUUUUCAAGAAUUCUUGAAUUCGAUACAAGAUGCUGGUGUGCCAGAUGGCAUAACUAAAAAAUAUUCAGAUGAUAUGAUACGACCUGCUCUUUGCACAUAUUUUCAUCUUGGAAGAUUAUAUAAUAAGAUAGUGACACCUGACAAAUCUUUACAAUUAGAAAAUGUAAAAAAUAGUUUAAAUGCCUAUAAAUUUUUAGUUGAGUAUUGUGAGAAAGAUAAGAAAGCAAAUGAAGCUAUGCAAGUUGAAUUAAGUGUGUGUAAAGAAUUGGUGAACUUACUUCCACUAAGAAUACAAAAACUAACACAAGAGGUCACACAUUAACAUGAAACAUGUAUAUAUUUCUCAUUUUUAAUUGGAUAAUAAACUUUGUUUCUUUUGAUUCUGUAUAGAAGAAUAUACGUAUAUGAGUACAAUAACUGUAUUAAUUAUGUAUUGGCUAAAUGUAUACAGAUUAAUUUGGGUUAUUAAAAUACUAAGUUUCCAUUGCAAUCAAGUUGAGAGAUGAUAUACAAUGUGUAUUCUAUAAACAUAUGUAUGUAAUAUAGGACCCGCCAAGUAGUACUCAAUAAGAAAUCACCUAAAGUUUUAUUAAUUAUUAAA